CGCCAGGAUGCUCCGCUCCGUCUUUCCGCCCCGAAGCUCCGCCCCGACCCUCUCGUGGUCCGUAGACUACCAGCCCGUCGCGCAACUCAUGGACAAAGAAGCCCAGAAGAGGAAAGAACAGGAGUCAGGCAUGGCUCUUUCUCAGUUGACCUUCAAAGAUGUGUUCAUAGAGUUCUCUCCUGAGGAGUGGGAGUGCCUGGACCCUGCCCAGAGGACCUUGUACAAGGACGUGAUGGUGGAGACUCUCAGGAACCUGCUGUCUGUGGAUAUGUCUCAUAUACAUAUGAUCAAGAAAUUACACGCAAAAGCAAACAGUGGUAAAGGGGAAAUUUUUCAAAGAGUGAUGUUUGGAAGAACUGAAAGCCUUGACAUCAAAGAUUUUCACCUCAGGGACAUCCAGGAAAAUAUACAUGACUUUGAUUGUCUGUGGACAGAUGAUGAAAGAAAUGACAAAGGAAUGUCUAUUUCCCAUAACAAAAACCUCACUGAUGGAAGACAUUAUCCUAGUAGAAGUGAUGUAGGAAAUAGACCUUUUGAAAGGCACGGAUCAAGCUUUCAGAAUGAAUUGCAGGUGGUACAGUCUGGAGGGAUAAUUUUUGAAUGUAGUCAGGUUGUGACAAAUGUCAGGGCAAUUCAUUGGACAAUUCCUACUGGGGAGGAACCACAGAAAUAUGAUGUAUGUGGCAAGGCUUUUAUUCAAAUUGGAAACCUUGCAGUUCAUCAGAAUAUUCAUCCUGCAGAGAAACCUUAUAAAUGUGAUGUGUGUGGUCAGUGCUUUCAACAAAGUACACACCUUGAAAAUCAUCAGAGAACUCAUACUGGAGAUCAACCAUAUAAAUGUGAUGUUUCUGGAAAGGCCUUUAGUCAAAAUUCAAGCCAUGCAGUUCAUCAGAGACUUCAUACUGGAGAGAAACCUUAUAAAUGUGAUGUGUGUGGCAAGGCGUUUACUCGUACUGGACACCUUGUUGUUCAUCAGAGAGUUCAUACUGGAGAGAAGCCAUGUAAAUGUGAUGUAUGUGGCAAGGCCUUUAGUCAAACUGCAAGCCUUGCAGUUCAUCAGAGGAUUCAUACUAGCGAGAAACUAUAUACAUGUGAUGUAUGUGGCAAGGCCUUUGGUCAACCUAGAAGACUUAUACUUCAUCAGAGGAUUCAUACCGGAGAGAAGCCAUACAAAUGCAAUGUAUGUGACAAGGCAUUUAGUCAUGCUUCAAAUCUUACUGUUCAUCAGAGACUUCAUACUGGAGUGAAACCAUAUAAAUGUGGUGUAUGUGGGAAGGCCUUUCAUAACACUGCAAGACGUGCAGUUCAUCAGAGAAUUCAUACUGGAGAGAAACCAUAUAAAUGUGAUGUAUGUGGCAAGGCCUUUAAUCAUACUACAAGACUUGCACUUCAUCAGAGAGUUCAUACUGGAGAGAAGCCAUACAAAUGCAAUGUAUGUAACAAAGCGUUUAAUCAUACUGCAAACCUGACUGUUCAUUGGAGAAUUCAUACUGGAGAGAAACCAAAUAAAUGUGAUGUAUGUGGGAAGACCUUUAGUCAAACUGCAAACCUUGCAGCUCAUCAGAGAAUUCAUACUGGAGAGAAGCCAUAUAAAUGUGAUAUAUGUGGCAAGGCCUUCAGAAUAAGUUCAAAUGUUGCUGUUCAUCGAAGAGUUCAUACUGGAGAGAAACCAUAUAAAUGUGAUGUGUGUGGCAAGGCGUUUAGCCGUACUGGAAACCUUGCUGUUCAUCAGAGAGUUCAUACUGGUGAGAAACCGUAAAGAUGUGAUGUGUGUGGCGAGGCGUUUAGUCAUACUGGAAACCUUGCUGUUCAUCGGAGAGUUCAUACUGGAGAGAAACCAUGUAUUGUGGUAUAUGUGCCAAGGCUUUCAGUGUAAGUUCAAGCCUUGGUGUUCAUCAGAGUUCAUACUGGAGAGAAACCUAUAAAUGUGUUGUAUGUGGGAAGGCAUUUGUUUGUACUGGAAACCUUGGUAUUCAUCAGAGAGUUCAUACUGGAGAGAAACCAUAUAAAUGAGGUAUAUGUGGCAGGGCUUUCAGUGUGAAUGCACACCUUGCAGUUCAUCAGAGAAUUCAUACUUAAGAGAACCUUAGAAGUAUAAAAAUUGUGACAAACCAUUUAGGAUCAGUCAUCCAUAACUCAUCAUCAGGCAGUUCAAAUAGGAGAGAAACCAUAUAAAUAUAAUUUAUAUGGCCAGUGCUUUACUUGAAAUGACGAACUUAGAAACCAUCAGAGAACUCACACUAGAGAGAAACAUUAGAAAUGUGACAGUUGUGAGAAACAUUUUGCCAGUACAGUGUGAGUGACAAAGCAUUUAGUCAGUGUUCAGGGCUUAUAAUUCAGAGAAUUCAUGCUGUAUAGAAAACAUAUAAGUGAAAUGAAUGUGGCAGAGUUUCUAGUGCAUGUUUAGCAUGAACUCCCCAUUAGGCAGUUCAUACAGGAGAGAAACCACAUAAAUGUUAUUUAUGUGGCAAACCCUUCAGUCACAAGGAAUGAUGUUGCAGAUCAUCUGAGAAUCCAUACUGCAGUGAAAAUUUAAACAUGUAGAGAAUGCAGUAAAAUAUAUCAAUUUCUUGACCCUCAGAAAAUUCAACCUGGAGGAAAACUACACAAAUGUGUUAGGUGUGGGAAAGCUUUGAUUGUGUGUUCAGGCCUAAGUCACCAUCAGUUAAUUUUUUUUUAAACAAUAUUGUGAUGGUUUUUGCUGUACAUCAACACUAAUAGGCCAUAGGUGUACAUAUGUCCCCUUCCUCCUGAACCCACCUCUCUCACCACCGUAUCCCUCCAGAUUGUCCCAGAGCACACGCUUGUACAUCAGACUCCCUCUGCCCCUUUUACAUAAGGUAAUACAUGUUUCAGUGCUAAUCUGUUAAAUCCUGCCAUCCUGUUUCUUUUGUUUUUUUCAGUAGGUUUUCCUUAGCGUUGCUUUUUCUACCCACUUGUUAUGACCAAGAUUUAAUGUUUAAUUUACAUUUAUUUCCCGCCUUACACUAACAAAUACAUAAGUCAGUUGGUUAUUUUGAGACUUUUGUAACAUUAAAAUGCACGUAGAUAAUGACAGGGAACAUAGUAGGUGCUCUGUAAAUAUAAAGAAAGACAGUUUCUUUAGGACUUGAGUUUUGUCAGGUAAUACACAAAGAAAUAUUUAUAAAUAGUGCCAAGUUGAUAAUUUUGAUGAAAAUAAAUUCUAGUGUCUUCUUAAAGACUUUAUAUUUUACAGUGUGCUUUGUUGUCCACAACUGACAGAUCUUUCCAAAGCAGAUAACAAAGAAAUGAGAGAAAAUAUAUUACAAUUUUUCAACAAGAAGUAAAUUGCCUAAUUACCAUCUAGUGAUCAUAUAGUAAUGUCAUUCCAUUACAUUGAAGUGUUGACUUAAGUAGUAUU